AUGGCAGAUAAAACCACCGUCGACAACCCCGAGGUAGGAACACUAGAUACGUUUUUAUCGCAAAAUACGGCUGAAAAUACGGUAGAAAAUACGGGUCAAAACGAAAUAAACAGUACUAAACCUGAUAAAGCAAGCCCAGAAACGGACGAAAAUACUCUGUCUGUCUCGACAAACGACCCAUCCUCUCGUCCCAAAAGAUCAGUAAAACCCACCGAAAAGUCUAUCGAAAACAGAGUUCAGUCUGAUCAUUCAAAACUUGACAAAUUGUCACAAUUUAAUUGUGGCGAAACACGUCAACUGCUGUGGGCAAAUUGCAAGAAACACCCGAUUCGCUAAAUCAAAUAAAAUCCCAUACAUCAGAAGUACGUUCGCUAUUCCACGAGUACCACGCCGUUUCUUUGUCCCUCUUAGAGUUUCUCGCUAAUGUCAGCGACCCCAAACACCAAAAAGAAUACGAAACAUUGCAGAAACUCGUAAAUAAUCGUAGCGAGUACAUUCAUACAGUAAUAAACGAAGCAAACGAGCGGAAAAAGGAACUUUUGCUUGAAAUUAACUCUGUCCACCAUUCCCGAAUUUCCCGUAGUUCCCGCAGCUCCACAACAUCCUCCACCGCCGCUCGAGCUCUUGCAAGAGCUGAGGCUACAGCGGCACUAAAGAAAGUAGAAAUGCAAAAAUGGCGAUCAUUGCGAGAGUCCCAGUCUGCCAUGGAAAUACAACAACAAGAACUUGCUCUAGCCCAAAAGAAAAUGGAAGAGAAAUCCCGAAUGGAAAGUUUACUAUUAGAAGAAGAAGCAGCAGUCGCCGUUGCUAAAGCUCAGGCAAUAGAUAAAGAACUGAGCCUCGUAGAUCAUCAAGAUCCUGAACACUUUGACCUACCCCAAGACGAUCCUGCGGAAAGGGUCCAAAACUAUAUAAAUUCGCAACGCUUCGAAGAAUCUAACAUUGGCCAAGACUCUAGUCCCCCGGUUCCAAAUCAUGUCAUCGGUCCACAACUCCCACAGAAUACCAACCAUCCUAUACGAGAAAAACCACUCAACCGAAGACUAGACCCGGCGGCCAACUCGUUUAUCCCUCAACCACAGAACUCUCGGACAGACCCCAGUACAAAUGCUAUAAGCUCUUACAUCCAAUUCAUGGCACGCAGAGAGCUUAUCGCUAAUAAGAUUCAGAGAUUUGACGAUAAUCCCAGAAAUUUUUACGGUUGGAAAGAAUCCUUCAAGAAUAUGAUACGAGACAUUCACCUCUCCCCUAGCGAAGAGCUAUCACUCAUCAUAGAGUAUACCAGCAACGAAUCAAAGAAACUUGCUCAACGGCUUCGAAACGCAUAUAUCAACAAACCCACAAAAGGCGUGGAGAUACUAUGGCAAAAACUUAGCCAGCGGUUUGGUUCUAACGCGGUUAUAACUGAAGUACAUUUAAACAAACUGAAAGAUCUGCCGAAAAUCGGAUUUAGAGAUAACAAGAAAUUCCAAGAACUCGGAGAUUUGCUCUUAGAAUUACAGUGUGCUAAGAACGACGGCGGAUACAGAGGCCUCAGAAUCCUCGACGAGCCCGCUUACAUUAAACCUGUCAUUGCGAAGCUCCCUGGCGAUAUCCAAAGCAGAUGGCAAAAGCACGCCUUUCGAUAUAAGAAACAACACGCCGAGGUUGACUACCCCCCAUUUUCCGAGUUUGUCACCUUCAUCCAGGAGUUGUCCCUCGAAAGAAACGAUCCUAACCUGAUCAUAGAGAUUCCCGAGAGGAAGAACACAGGUAUGCGAAACCCGAGCUGGCGACAAGAAAUUAGUGUAAAGAAGACUGAGAUCGAGGCCCAAGAUCGCAGAGUCGGACACGAUCCCCCACCUCGUAACCCUACGAACUGGUGCAUUGUCCACCAUAAAGGGCACCCAUUAAGCAAAUGUAGAGCCUUCCAAGCCAUGCCACUCGAUGAAAGAACCACAAUACUAAGAAAGAACAGAGUAUGCUUUCGCUGUAUUGCAUCGUGCGAUCACCUCGCGAAGGACUGCAAGGCCAAGGUCAUGUGCACCGAAUGUGGAAGCAACAAACACCUCGCCGCACUACACGUUGACGGUGAGCAAAGGCACGGCGGGGAGCAGGUAGCAAAUAAAGACCAAUCCGAUGAUGGCGCUAACCCUCGACAAAACCAGCACGCGGGAGAGAUUACAAACAAAUGCACCGAAAUAUGCGGGAAUUCCCCCGGUGGGAAAUCAUGCUCAAAAAUCUGCCUAGCCAACAUAUACGUCACCGGACAUCCAGAAACCAAAGUGAAGGCGUACGUGGUAAUCGAUGAUCAGAGUAACAGUUCUCUAGCAAAAUCCGAACUGCUCGAUCGCCUAAACGUUCACGGUCAAGCAACCUCGUAUUCGCUUAGAACAUGCGCCGGAACAACUCAGAUUCGAGGAAGAUGCAGCAAAAAUCUCGUCGUAGAGUCUGUGGACAGUAAUAAAAGUCAUCAGCUGUCGAACGUAAUCGAAUGUAACGCGAUCCCUGAUUCUAAAGAAGAGAUACCUUCGCCAGAGGUAGCCCGAGCUCAUCCACACCUACGCGAAAUUGUUGACAAAAUACCAGAGAUCCGUGGCGACGUAGACAUCCUACUGCUCAUCGGUCGGAACGCCCCUCCACUUCAAAAGGUUCACGAAUCCCGUAACGGACCUAGAAAUGCCCCUUGGGCCCAGCGUCUUGAUCUAGGAUGGGUCAUCAUCGGCCACGCUUGCCUGGACGGAGCUCACACACCGAAGCCUUCCUGUUACAAAACAAACGUUCUCGAAAGCGGCCGACCAUCAAUCUUAUCACCCUGCCCUAAUCGUUUCCACAUCAAGGAAUACACGUCCACCGCUUCUGCCGUCCCCUGCGACGGAAACAACGACCAAAGGAAAGAGACAUUCGAAAACGGAAACUUUGACGAUGGCCUAGCAGCCAAAGUGUUCGCAAGUUCGAAGGACGACAACAAACCUGGUCCCUCCGUGGAAGACAGGAGAUUUGUCAACAUAAUGGAACAUCAAAUGGUCAAAAACGAAGCAGGGAACUGGGAGGCGCCACUUCCAUUUCGCAACCCGAUAUCAAGACUACCAGACAACCGCGAAGACACUCGUAAGCGUUUUAACUCCACAAGGCGGACUCUCGAAAGGAAACCGGAAAUGAAAAGAGACUAUUUUGAGUUUAUGCAAAAGCUCUUCGACAAUGGUCAUGCGGAGCCCGUUCCCGAGAGUGACAUAGCUUCAAAAGGACCACGGUGGUACCUUCCCCACUUCGGCGUCUACCACCCCCGAAAGCCUGAUAAAAUACGGGUAGUCUUCGAUUCAGCAGCCGAAACCAACGGAGUGUCACUAAAUAAGCUACUUCUCUCUGGCCCAGACCUGACGAACAGUCUCGUAGGUAUUCUCUUGCGCUUUCGCUGCAACACCGUCGCGUUCAUGACGGACAUCGAACAAAUGUUCCACUCCUUUAUGGUUCGUCAAGACCAUCGAGAUUAUCUUCGCUUUUUCUGGCAUAAAGACAACAACCCCGAAGAAGAAGUGAUCGAAUACCGUAUGAAGGUGCACUUGUUCGGUAACACUUCCUCGCCAGCUAUUGCAACAUACGCUCUUAGAAAGACAGCUCUCGUAGGAGAACCCAAGUACGGACCGGACGCAAGAGAGUUCGUAGAGAAAGACUUUUACGUAGACGACGGCCUAAAGUCCGUUCCCGAUCGCGAGGGAACCGUCGACCUGUUAUGCAGAACCAAAACCAUGUUAGCCGACGCCAAUCUGCGCCUCCACAAAAUCGCGUCCAACGACCCUACGGUAACACAGGCCUUUCCCGUCGAAGACCGAGCUUCCGACCUACGCAAUCUGGACCUUCACCGCGACGUAGUACCGAUUCAGCGCUCGUUGGGUGUAUUUUGGGACCUACAAGCAGACGCCUUUACCUUCCAGGUCGUCGACGGAGCCAAACCCUUUACAAGACGGGGCGUUCUCUCCGUCGCCUUUACGAUCCUCUCGGAAUCGCUGCCCCGGUCGUCAUCAAAGCCAAAAUCCUGCUGCGAGCUAUGACAACAAGCCUGAAACGCCACCCACUUGACGACUGGGACCAACCGCUACCUGAGCAAUAUAACGCAUCCUGGGAAGCUUGGUGCAAAUCCCUCUCAGACCUAACCGAAGUCAGAGUCCCACGUACCUACGCAAGCGUGUCACUGUCCGAAGCAAGCCGUGUAGAAAUCCACACAUUUUGCGACGCCUCCACCGAAGCCAUUGCUGCUGUCUCAUACAUCAAAGUCGUCCUGAAAGACGGUCAAGCCCAAGUAUCAUUCGUGUUCGGCAAAGCUAAGCUGGCUCCGUCACACGCCACAACGAUUCCCCGUUUAGAGCUUUGUGCUGCAGUGCUCGGCGUAGAAAUUACGGAGCUGGUUAUCGAAGAGUUAGCAGUAAAACCACACUCCGUAACCUAUUACACGGACAGUAAAGUUACACUAGGAUACAUUCUUAACGAAACGCGCCGGUUCUAUGUGUACGUCAGCAACCGCGUACAAAGAAUACGAAGGUCGUCGUCACCAGAUCAGUGGAGAUACGUGGCAACUGACCUCAACCCAGCGGAUCUAGCUACUCGAUCGGUGAAAGCCUGCGACCUCAAAGACUCGUCUUGGUUGGCCGGCCCGAAGUUCCUCCAAAGCACAAUUUCCUUCGACGUUCCACCGGAGACCGAGACCUUCCAACCCCCACAAGAAGACCUAGAACUUCGUCCCGAAAUCACAACCCUCGCCACGAACGCAAAGCCCGCAGUUCAGAAAAACCUUGGAACUGAUCGCUUCCUACGUUUCUCGCGGUGGGCAAACUUAGUGAACGCAGUAUCGAAACUAAUGAUGGUCGCUCAGCAUCACCACCAUGCCAAAGCGUCAGUCGGCAACGAAACUACGGUAAUCCAGGCACGAAAACGCGCACAGUUGUUGAUCGUAAGGAACCUAGAGAUCGAAGCGUUUGAGGAAGAAUUCGAUUCCUUAGAAAAGAAAAAGGGACUGUCAAAAACAUCACCACUGUUAAAACUCAACCCAAUAAUCGACUCAGACAGUCUCAUACGUAUUGGUGGUCGUCUUAAACGAGCUGACCUUCCGUACGAAGAACGACACCCCCUCAUUCUACCCGGGAAACACCACGUGACAAGUCUAAUCGUUAAGAACUGCCACGAAGAAGCGAAACACCAGGGUCGUCAUUUCACCCACGGCAUGGUCAGAUCAAAAGGAUUCUGGUUCGUCGGCGGAAAACGCCUCGUCAAUCGCGUUAUCCAUCAGUGUCUGAAAUGUAAGAAACUCCGAGGCAAGCUUCAUCAGCAGAAGAUGGCAGACCUCCCAUCAGAACGCAUCACUCCAUCACCUCCUUUCACCUUCGUCGGACUGGACGUUUUCGGUCCAUGGGAAGUCACAGCUCGUCGUACCAGAGGAGGACACGCUUACAGUAAACGAUGGGCAGUAAUCUUUACUUGCCUUUCAACGACAGCUAUUCAUAUCGAAUUAAUCGAGAGUAUGGACGCUUCUAGUUUCAUAAAUGCACUUCGAAGAUUCAUGGCUAUCAGAGGGCCCGUUCAACAGAUUCGCUCGGACUGCGGAACGAAUUUCAAAGGAGCUCAGAACGAACUAGAAUCGGCUCUAAAGGAAACGGAUCAAAAUAUCGUGGAGACGUACUUGAAUUCUCAAGAAUGCGAAUGGAUUUUCAACUCUCCUCACGCUUCGCAUACAGGAGGCGUGUGGGAACGUAUGAUCGGUAUUUCUAGACGAAUUCUGGACUCGAUGAUGGCCGAGCUAAGACCAACACGACUGACUCACGAAGUCCUAUCAACACUGAUGGCCGAGGUGACAGCUAUCGUAAACAACAGACCGCUAGUAGCCAUCUCAAGCGACCCCUCUGCACCCGAAAUUCUCACACCAUCUACUCUCCUGACGCAAAAAACGGCAACACUCAAGUCAACCCCAGGAAAUUUCGUACCCCAAGACCUCUAUACCAAACAGUGGCGGCAAGUACAACUAUUAGCCAACCGUUUCUGGUCAAGAUGGAGAAAAGAAUUCUUGCCGACAUUACAAUACAGGCGAAAGUGGACAACAGACGUUCCAAAUCUCCAAGUGGGAGAUCUGGUCCUCCUCCGAUGCAAAGAAUGGCCGAGAAACGAUUGGCCGCUAGCUCGCGUCUCGAAGACCCUAAGCAGCGCGGAUGAAAAAGUUCGAAAGGUAGAAGUCACGACAGCAAAGAACGGCUCAAAGCAAGUGUACACCAGACCAGUGACAGAACUGAUCCUGCUAAAAACUGAAUACGAACUAAAUUCGUGUUCGUGACUCAAUAAUAACACUUUAGAACGUUAAACGUAGUGGUAUUUUCAUACCAGAUGGGGAGUGUUCUGGCCACUAUGGCCCCUAGAUACUUUCUAGAUAGACUUUAAUAUUAUUCACUCGUUUUCGCGGUAUUUUUUUUGGAAAAUGAUGAUUUUGAAACAUUGUUGAACAAACUAUUCCUACAACUCGCUUUGGAGCGUAACAUAACAUCUAAUCCUGUCAAAUUUUGUUCACUCUCUUUUAAAGCAAUGGAACUGCUAAAAAAGAACAACAAAAGUAAUCUAUUGUAUAAAUUCGCCUUGGCAUUAUGCAAUACCAAACCUGUAACUGGUGAGCCCGUCUUUCCAAUGGAUAGGAUGGCUUUUGGUCUGGUUGAGUAUCAGAUAGAGUUCUUUAGUUGCACUCAUGUAAAACAGGUAUGAAAUCAUGUUGUAAAAUUAUUUAAUUUAACCCAUUUAAAAAGCUGCAGAGCUCCCCCACUGACGAGUAAAAUUCUCUGGCGUUAAGGCGGAUUUCCAGUCUUCGCACAAAGCUCCACGCUGCGAGUGCAUGCAUGAGCACUUUCAUCCAAUCACAAUGCAAAACAGUUAAUUUUAAUUAGAUGCAAGCACUCGCAGCGAGGAGCUUCGUGUGAGGACUGGAAAACCGCCUUGUAAAAAAAAAUAAGUAGGGCGUACUGGGGCGCAUUGUAGCUCGAUGGGUUAACUAGACAUUGUCAGAUUUUUUGGUUAACCCAUUAAGGGGGUUAAAUAUAAAAAUGUAUGCUCUCAUCCAGUCAUGUCUAUUCAUUUUCCAAAAAUCUCUUGUAAUUUCUACCUAGAGACAUUUCCCUUCUAAUAAAAUAUUUGACAUUCCCUUUUGUAUAUAUAAACUAUGUAUUAUUUAUUUCUACCAAAAGUGAUAUUAUAAUGAAUUAAAUACAUGAUACAUACACAGUAUAGGGAAUGUCCAAUCAAUAUGUGAAGUCUGUUUUCUAGCUGCAUUAUAGGCAAGAAAAAUUUCCAAAUAUUGGUGCAAGGUCAAAGUCAAACUGACAUUAAUAUUAUCAUCUAGAUUGAGAUGCCUGCUGAUUUUCUUCAGUGGCAUGAAAGUAUGUGUGCGGAGUUCCCCACACGUUUCAACCGUCUGUUCAGGGGUCCAAUGUGGAGUGGUGUUGAUGAAGAGCAUUACGGCUAUACAAUAAUGGUCAGUAUUUUGUAUUGUUAAUAAUUAACAAUUAUUGAAUCAGGUUGAGCACGAUAUGAAGAAUAUCAAGCCCAAAGUUUGCCGUUAUCAACCGAAGCCAAAGGUUGACGGCAAACUGAGGGCUUGAUAAUUCUUCAUAUUAUGCCAAAACCGAAUUCAAUAAUUGUUUUAUUAUUUAUUUAAAAAAUUCAAAACAAACGGAAGCCAUUUGUAUUUUAUUUGUAUUAAGAAAAAAAACAAUUCCUUAAUCCUUCGGCAGCCGUCGUUGUCGUCAUCGUCAUAUCAAUUGCGUCAGCGAGUCAAUAUGAUUCUCAUCAUCAUAGUAAUAUGGCGCAAACACGUCCAAUUUUCAUAUUGAAUCUUUGACGUCAUUUUGCAAUAUGCAUGAAUGUGAAAAUCCAUCUUUGGUUUGCCAUUGAGUUGAUAUGACAAUUUCACAGUUAGUUGUUAGCCAAUCGGAAACCAAGAAUUUUUUAAAAUAAAUAAUUAUAAAUUUACUAUAAAGUAUAUUAUCAAUAAUAUCAUAGUUGCCUCGAAAUCCUUUGUCUCGCGAGGUACGAUUAAUCACUAAUUUACCUCAUUACCCAUGCAUACGCUUUGUCUUCUAAACUUACCCGGUAAAUUUAGUUGGAAACAAAGGAUUUCUUUGUCUUCUAAUUUUCCCCUGCAUGCUUGAUGAGGGAAAUUUAGAAGACAAAAGCGUACCUCAUUACCUCUGAUUGGAGAGCUGUACCUCAUCGAAAAUCAUCGGCACAACUAUGGACAGUAUCUGACGACACCGUCCCGUACACAUUCGAACAAUCACUUUGCCAGCUUUUAUUCCCUAAUCUUGAACAUUACAAUUGUGGGAGAAAAUUCCGUUUAUGCGCAUGCCUAAAACGAAUGAACACGGAGAUGUGUUUCUGCGCGUGCGUAUAUAUGAAAAGUGUUCGUACCACAAUCAUAAGACAAUCAAACAGCAUUCAAAACAGGCAACACACCACGUGCGAUUCCGUCGGCAACUAUGAUAUUACAAAGUAAAAGCAUGGCAUUACGGUCGAUUAGUGAUGAAAUGUCCCUCAAGCCUCGAGAGGUUUAGUAAAAGUCCCUUGGCGCUACGCGCCUCAGGACUUUUACUAAACCUCUUUCGGGUACAUUUAAUCACUAAUCGACCUGAAUGCCAUGCUAUUACUUAUAAUAAUAUCAUUUAAAUAAAUAAGUAAAUGCAUAGAUUAAGCAUGCGUGAAAAGCCUUGGUGCAAAAAAUUUAAAACUUUCAGCAGCUAUUUAAUAAAAGACUUAAAAUUAAUUUUUUUGUGAUAUUUGGACCAUUAAUAACAAAUUAUAAUAAAUUUACCGCAAAUUUAUCAAAAUGCGUUUUAAUUAAAGUAUAAAGCCUCUUCAUGUGAAAUAUGGUUCACAUGAUGAUUUGCCAAAUAUAAGCUUAUGAAUUAUUAACGAGUGUUUGAAAUAUAUUUGUUAUACAGUACCGAAUGGUAAUACUAUUCUACUGCCAAUUAGAAUUGUCUGGCAUGGGGUGCAUAUCAAGUGCAUUGCCAGAUACUGGUUAACUCUAUUAAUAAUAAUGGAGUAUUAAUUAUUAAAACAGUAUACUGAAUAUUCCAUUUUCCAUUCCAGGCAAAGGUCAAUGUAGCCUGCAUUUCAACUAGGACAGUUGCAACCAAAACUGCAUCUUCAGAAUUCAGCAAUGGGCCUGUAAUACAGGUAAUUAUUAAUCUGCUAUUUGAUAAUUACUAAUAUUAUUGACAAAAUAUUAUCUACAUACUGCAUGUACUUCAAAAUGCAAUAACACUGUCAGAUAGAUACACUACUGUGCAGUAAAAUGUGCUGGACAAUUCGUUUUAUGCUUUUUUAUAGGAACAAGCACUAAAAGACAUGAAAGCUGCAUAUCAUUCGGGGCGUUUCUGGAUCAAAGGUGAUGGUUGUGAUAUUAAACCAGCUCUACAGCAAUCCGUUAAAGGUGUUUGGAAUGGAGAUGCUGAUUUAGGAGAUGGAAAGCUUCAGGAAUUAAGAACUGAUUAUGAAGAGAGAUUAAAGAUAUUUAAUAAAUUGGCAUCACCACAGGAAGAUAUUAGGAAAGUGAAAGAUGAUGUCGAGAAAGUAACUGUAGAUCUGGAGACUAAUAAGCAGUUUUUAGUGCAAGGUGUAAUGAAGGCACAGAGAGCAUAUACAGACAAAAGUAAAACACCAAAUCCAUCAAAAAAGGUACUCAUGGAACUUUCAUGGGAACGAGUGGAAUACAGUGAGCUAUUACAGCAAUGCCAGUGGUUACUUUCUUAUGUAAAAACAUUGAAUGCCUCUAUUGGCCAAAGUUCUCAAGUAUUGCAUGUACAAAAUAGCAUGUCUGAUAAAACAUCUGAAUGGGAGACAUAUCUGAGGAAUUUGUUUGUGAAAAAAAGACAACCUGCAGCAACGCAUGUGUUCGUUUUUCUUCUAUCUGAUGAACGUCGCAACAAGAAACCAUACUGUCUUCCGAUUCAAUAUAUCCCCUACCAUUCGUUGAAAGACCAGACUGUGCGAGAGCUGACAAAUAACAUAAGAAAGGAGAUGGCUAAUUUUUGA